ACCGAGCGGUGAGGGGAAGGUUCCGCUUCCAGGCCUGCAAGGCGCCUGCGCCUUCGGGAUUCCCGUCGCACGCAUUCUUGUUCCCUCCUUCCCAUCACCCCCGCUCCAACAUCCUCAUCCCCCCCCCCCCACUGCCAGCUGCGCGCGCCCGGUGGGCGUGGGAGGAGGCGUGGAAACAGGGAGGGGGCGGGUGUCGCGGGAGGGAAGGAGCGAACCGGAGAGCGUCGUCCUUAGGAGGAGUGAAGGCGGCAAAAUGGCGGACCGCUUCUCCCGCUUCAACGAGGACAGAGACUUUCAGGGCAAUCACUUUGAUCAGUAUGAAGAAGGACACUUGGAGAUUGAACAAGCGUCCCUCGACAAGCCUAUAGAAUCGGAUAAUAUUGGACACCGCUUACUCCAGAAACAUGGGUGGAAGCUGGGCCAGGGAUUGGGAAAAUCUCUUCAGGGGAGAACAGACCCUAUUCCAAUUGUUGUCAAGUAUGAUGUCAUGGGCAUGGGUCGAAUGGAAAUGGAGCUGGAUUAUGCCGAAGAUGCUACCGAACGGCGUCGUGUCCUAGAAGUAGAAAAAGAAGACACGGAAGAGCUGAGGCAGAAGUACAAGGAUUAUGUUGACAAAGAAAAGGCAAUUGCAAAAGCCCUAGAAGAUCUCAGAGCCAACUUUUACUGUGAACUUUGUGAUAAACAGUAUCAGAAACAUCAGGAAUUUGACAACCAUAUCAACUCUUACGAUCACGCACACAAGCAGAGAUUAAAAGAUCUCAAGCAGAGAGAGUUUGCCCGAAAUGUCUCUUCAAGAUCCCGAAAAGACGAGAAGAAACAAGAAAAAGCGCUUCGGCGACUCCAUGAGUUGGCAGAGCAAAGAAAACAAGCUGAAUGUGCACCAGGAAGUGGGCCCAUGUUCCGACCAACCACAGUGGCUGUAGACGAAGAUGGAGGAGAGGAGGAGAAAGACGAGUCAGCAACCAACAGUGGCACAAGUGCCGUUUCUUCUUGUGGCUUUGGAGCUGACUUCUCCACAGAUAAAGGGGGCCCCUUCAUGUCAGUACAGAUCACUAAUACCACUGGGUUGUCACAGACUCCUGGGUUAGCCUCCCAAGGUAUCAGCUUUGGCAUUAAGAAUAAUCUGGGACCCCCACUGCAGAAAUUGGGAGUAUCAUUUUCCUUUGCCAAGAAAGCUCCCGUCAAACUUGAAUCAAUAGCAUCCGUGUUCAAGGACCAUGCAGAGGAAGGAAGCUCAGAAGACGGAACAAAGGCUGAGGAGAAGAGUUCUGACCAAGGGGUGCAGAAGGUGGGAGACACUGAUGGCACUGGGAAUCUCGAUGGGAAGAAGGAAGAUGAAGACCCUCAUGAUGGAGGGUCCCUCGCCUCUACACUGUCCAAGUUGAAAAGGAUGAAGCGGGAAGAAGGAACAGGGGCUACAGAGCCAGAAUAUUACCACUACAUCCCCCCAGCACACUGCAAAGUCAAACCUAAUUUCCCCUUCUUACUCUUUAUGAGAGCCAGUGAGCAAAUGGACGGUGAUCAUAGUACACACUCAAAGAAUGCCCCAGAGAGCAGAAAAAGCAGUUCUCCCAAGCCUAAAGGUUGUAGUAAGGUGGCAGCAAGCCAAGGAACAGAGAAAACAGUUGGUGGCGUUUCUGAGCUGCAAAAGGAAGCCACCAUAGCUGGGCCUUCAGAGCCUGGAAACAAAACUGAAACAAAGAAAGGCUCGGGAGAAGGCAAAGGUGGGCAGAGUGCAGAGAGUAAGGAGACUGCAGAGAGCCAGGCGUGUGCGUCCAAUCCUAAAGAAAGGUCUCAGGCCACCCCAGCAACAAAAGCAGGCCAGGGACCCAAGCAUCCCACUGGUCCAUUCUUUCCAGUCUUAAGCAAGGAUGAAAGCACUGCCCUCCAGUGGCCGUCAGAACUACUCAUUUUCACCAAAGCAGAGCCCUCCAUUUCCUACAGUUGUAAUCCUUUAUACUUUGACUUUAAACUUUCAAGAAACAAAGAUGCUAAAGCUAAAGGGACAGAAAAGCCGAAAGAUGUCGAAGGCUCCUCAAAGGAUCAUCUCCAGAGCCUUGAUCCUAGAGAACCGAAUAAAAGCAAGGAGGGGGAACAGAAUGUAGUACUCUCUUCAGAAGACAGAGUGAAUGAACCUGCUUCAGAAGCUGCCUGUAGCAGCCUGAACAAGCAGGAGCCUGGGGAUAGCCAUACAUCAGAAGCUGAAGACACUGAAAGAAACCAUCCUAGCAAGAAAGAACCAUCAGGCAAGUCUCACAGACACAAAAAGAAAAAGAAACACAAAAAAUCCAGUAAGCACAAACGUAAACACAAGGCUGACAUGGAAGAGAAGAGUUGUAAGGCAGAGUCUGGGGAGAGAUCUAAGAAGCGCAAGAAACGAAAACGGAAGAAGAACAAAUCAUCAGUCCCAGCUGAUACUGAAAGAGGACCCAAACCAGAACCUCCUGGAAGUGGCAGCCCUGCACCGUCAAGAAGACGGCGCCGAGCUCAAGAUGAUUCCCAGCGGAAAUCCCUUCCUGCUGAAGAAGGAAACAGUGGCAAGAAGGAUGAUGGUGGGGCUGGUAGCAGUUGCCAAGACCAUGGUGGGAGGAAACACAAAGGCGAACCCCCAGCUUCCUCCUGCCAGCGGAGAGCUAGCACCAAGCACAGCAGCCGGUCCAGCCAUCGGAGCCAGCGCAGCAGUGGAGAGGAGGAGAGUGACGAUGCUUCUUCACACCGGCCACACCAGAAGUCUCCAUCCCAGUACAGUGAGGAGGAAGAGGAGGAUGAGGAGGAGGAAGAGGAGGAGGAAGAAGAGGAGGAGGAAGAUGAAGACUCAGGUAGUGAGCAUUCUCGUAGCCGCUCUCGAUCUGGCCACCGCCAUUCCUCACAUCGUUCCUCCCGGCGUUCUUACUCAAGCAGCUCUGAUGCGUCUUCAGACCAGAGCUGCUACAGUAGACAGCACAGUUACUCUGAUGAUAGCUAUAGUGACUACAGUGACCGAUCGCGGAGGCACUCGAAGCGCUCUCAUGACUCAGAUGAUUCAGACUCUGCCAGCUCCAAACACAGGUCCAAACGACAUAAGUACUCGUCAUCUGAUGAUGAUUACAGCCUCAGCUGCAGCCAGUCCCGAAGCCGGUCUCGGAGCCAUACAAGAGAGCGAUCAAGAUCCCGGGGUCGAAGCCGCAGUAGCAGCUGUAGUCGCAGUCGAAGCAAGAGGAGAAGUCGUAGCACCACAGCCCACAGCUGGCAGCGAAGCCGAAGCUAUAGCCGAGACCGGAGCCGCAGCACCAGGAGCCCUUCUCAGAGGUCAGGCUCCAGAAAGGGGUCCUGGGGUCACGAAAGCCCAGAGGAAAGGCGCUCUGGCCGCCGGGAUUUCAUUCGUUCAAAGAUCUACCGCUCUCAAUCUCCCCACUAUUUCCGAUCAGGUCGGGGAGAAGGGCCUGGAAAGAAAGAAGAUGGCAGAGGAGAUGACAGUAAGGGAGCAGGCCUGCCGUCUCAGAAUAGUAGUGCCGGCCCAGGAGUGGGCUCAGAAAGUGACUGCAGUCCUGAAGAUAAGAAUUCUAUUACUGCCAGACUGCUGCUAGAGAAGGUCCAGUCCAGGAAAGUGGAGAGGAAACCUAGUGUGUGUGAGGAGGUGCUGGCCACCCCUAAUAAGGCUGGGCUCAAGUACAAGAACCCCCCACAAGGUUACUUCGGGCCUAAGCUCCCCCCGUCUCUUGGUAAUAAGCCUGUUCUUCCAAUGAUAGGGAAGCUUCCAGCUACCCGGAAGUCCAAUAAGAAAUGUGAAGAGUCUGGCUUAGAAAGGGGUGAAGAGCAGGAACAUUCAGAGCCAGAAGAAGGGUCUCCAAGGAAUAGUGAUGCUCCGUUUGGGCAUCAGUUUUCCUCGGAGGAAACAGCUGGUCCCUUAACAGACCCUCCCCCAGAAGAGCCAAGGUCUGAAGAAGCUACUGCUGACCACUCUGUGGCUCUAGGCACCCCAGCACACACUGACUGCUACCCUGGGGAUCCAGCCAUGUCCCAUAACUACCUCGCUGACCCCAGUGAUGGGGAUACUCUGGAGUCUCUGGAUAGUGGCAGUCAGCCAGGCCCUGUGGAAUCCAGCUUGCUGCCUAUAGCCCCAGACCUUGAGCACUUCCCCAGCUAUGCACCUCCCAGCGGGGAGCCUAGCAUUGAGUCAACAGAUGGGACUGAGGAUGCUUCCUUGGCUCCUCUAGAGAGCCAGCCCAUCACCUUCACCCCUGAGGAGAUGGAGAAGUACAGCAAGCUCCAGCAGGCCGCACAGCAGCACAUCCAGCAGCAGCUUCUGGCCAAACAAGUAAAGGCCUUUCCAGCCUCGACCGCCCUAGCUCCAGCCACGCCAGCCCUGCAGCCCAUCCAUAUUCAGCAGCCAGCCACGGCCUCUGCGACCUCCAUCACAACCGUUCAGCACGCCAUCCUACAGCAUCAUGCUGCAGCCGCCGCCGCUGCCAUCGGCAUUCACCCUCACCCUCACCCUCAGCCGCUGGCCCAAGUCCAUCACAUCCCCCAGCCCCAUCUCACCCCCAUCUCCCUGUCCCAUCUCACUCACUCGAUUAUCCCGGGCCACCCGGCCACCUUCCUUGCUAGCCACCCUAUCCAUAUAAUUCCUGCCUCGGCCAUCCAUCCUGGUCCGUUUGCCUUCCAUCCUGUCCCACACGCUGCCCUCUACCCUACCCUGCUUGCUCCCCGGCCCGCUGCGGCAGCUGCCACCGCCCUCCAUCUUCACCCACUGCUGCACCCCAUCUUCUCAGGUCAGGACCUGCAGCACCCUCCCAGCCAUGGGACUUGAGUUGGGGGUCAGAAGCCUAUGUUGAGCCAGGGAAGGAGACCUACUCUUCACUUGGGGGUGUUGAGCCAUUUACACCAGCAAGUAAAAGCUGGAACGGGCAGUGUCUCGACCGCCAAAGAAAGGAGUUUUGGCUUGCAGGGAUGGAUUUAGAGUUGAGGUUUGCUUUGGGUUUACUAUCAGGGAUAUUUACCCCUUUUCUAUUAGUCCCUCCCUCCUGUGUUUCUAAGCUAAGGAACACCAGUAAGUGCUACCCACACACCUCUGCAGCAACAUCUCCAGACUGUCGAGUAAUCCUCCUUCCUCCCUCUACUCUCUGAUCCUCUGCACUUCCCCGCUGUAAGUUCAAAACAUUUCCUCCUCUAAUGGGUUGUCACCAAAGCACUUGCCAUGGGCCCAUCUGGUCCUGCCUCCUCAGUGCCGCGAGGAAGGCCAGGCUCUCUCCAGUGGUGAAAACUCCACUUUUCGGCAGUGUCUGUGACUAUCCCUUUGUGACACACUAUCCCAGGUGAGGUGGAAGAGGGAGUCUAACCUGGAACCAAAAGCAACUCAGGCUGCGAUUUGACCCACUCUCCUUACGAACAGCCAUGCAUUUGGCUCUCCUCAUGCCCCUCCUCCCACAAGAGGCAUCUACAUAUCCCAGAAAAGAAGAUCCUGUCUGUCGGGAGUGGAAGCUGCGCCAAACCUAGGCUCACCCGUGUGCUUCCCAGAAGGAGCUCGUGUUGGAAGGGUAUAUUUUCUUCUGUUAUGUUGAUGUUUUCUUAAUUUAUAGGAUUUUUUUUAAUGUAAAAUUGCACUGAACUCUAUAAACAUAAAUGCUGCUUUUUGUAGCUCAUAUUAAAAAGGUUCCGUAUUUGUAGUAUACUGCAAUAAUAUUUUUUACAUCCAGCUCUUUAAGUGAUCCUUGUUCUGGUGGCUUUCUGUAAAUAUGUUUGCCCUAGUUGACUUAAGAAACUUUAAAGGUUAUAAAAUAAAAGAAAAAAAUAAAGUAUUUGUUUUCUGCUAGAUGCAAAAA